AUGGAAUGUGGCGGUCUCCAAUACAGCCUCUCGAUGACGACCAAGCCGGUUAUGAUUACCACCGAGCCGGAUUCACCUGGUCGCGGCAAGCUGUUGGUGCUUAGCGUGGACGGAGGCGAGACGGGGAAGACGGCUGAUGAGGGGAGAUAUGCAAAACUGCGCAAGUCGACGAGCCAGUCGAAGUUGAUGGUUGUCGCCUUUUCGCUCGGCGAGCGGUGCCGACGGGUACUGACCAAGCGGAAGUCAUCGCCCCAGCUGGAGAUCGACGACCCGGUCCCGGUCCAAGUCGAGAUGGUCGACCAGGCGGCCCGCCUGGCGGAUCCGGUCGUCUCCCAACUCAGCCGCUCUCCUUCGCCCUACCUCUCGCCGAGACCCUCGUCGAUCAGCUCCGCUCGCGUCUCCUACGAGUCUUCCUUCAUCACCCUCAGUUACACCGAGUCCGUCAGGAGUAGCCUCAGCUCCGACCUUAGCUUUUGGUGCCGUGGACUCGACCCCGCUUGGGAUUGCGACUUCGCAACCGAUAACGACCGCCAAGAAAAGCUCGUCUCUACCGGUUCAUGA